AUGAGUUUUCAACCCCUCAACCCCCGCCCAUUCCUGCAGGCCCGAGUCGGCACCGAACUCAUUAUUCGCCUCAAAUGGGGCCAGACCGAAUACCGCGGCACCCUCGAAAGCAUCGACUCGUACAUGAAUGUUCUGCUGCGGGAUACGGAGGAAUACAUUGAUGGCAAGAACACGGGUAGUCUGGGCUUGGUUUUGAUCAGCGAGCAGUUGCUCCAUCUCGUGAGAGACGGAUAUCUGGACUAUCCGGAGUUGGACGUGGAGGAUAUCAGCGAUAAGAGUAAAUCGGAUCGGUUCACGAGUUUUCUCGCUAUAAUCCAAGCCGUCUGGUUCUCCGUUAACUGCAUCGGCCGCGCAGCCAGCCAUCUCUUCAUCACCACCCUGGAACUUACUACCCUAUCAUUCAUCAUCAUCUUCCUCAUCACCUCGUACUGCUGGUACCACAAACCCAAGGACGUCACGCGCGCCAUUGUGCUCACCACCACAACUUCCAUCAAGGAUAUACGCGCCCGAUACCACCCCCAUCCAGACCAGGAAUGGUACCAAACCCCCCUCGACUUUCUGUCUCGCAACGAAUGGUUCGCCAGUCGUCUAUGGCGGUACUACGUACAGAUUCUGCACUACCUCCGCAUUCCGAUCUUCCGUCGCCCUACCUGCCGACCAUAUGAUCGGUUUCCGUCCGAUAAUUUCUUGUAUGUCGACAAAUUAGCGGAAUGGAUUGCGUCACCCGUGAUUGUGCUGUAUAGCUGCAUGUUCAUGUUUGCAUGGAAAUCUGACUUUCCGACGCCGACGGAGCGGUUGCUUUGGCGUAUUGCAGCGGCUUAUUUUGUGUUUUUUGGCACUGCUUGUAUGUGCGUUUGCUGGCAUGCGCAUUAUUUUAUCUUCCCGAAAUUAUCGACCCGGAAUAAUAAGAACGAGUGUCUACUAUCGGAUCACGACGUUGAGCAUCAUGAGCAGCCCCCUCUAGCAGCAAACAGAGGUCGACUGCAUCGCCUUGCCUGGCGACUACGAAACAUCCACCCAGACCGAGACCCGGAUCUAGACGUGCCGCUCAAAGUCCUCAUUCCGAACGCCGUGAUAUGUGCGUCGUACAUCGUGUUUCGCGCGAUGAUCCUAGUGGAAGAUUUCAUUGGGCUGAGACGCUUGCCGCAGAGCGCAUUUGAGACUGUCAGUUGGCCAGCGUAUAUUCCGCACUGGUAG